UCAUCUCCGAUCUUCCAGCUGUGGAUAAUCAAUGGUUGCCAUCGAAUACUUUUUGGAUUUAGGACACUUGUCCCAAUUCGCACCACCGUUUAAACCCCCUAAUACUUUCCUAACAAGCGAUCACGUUUUGAUAUACAUAUUUUUCUUGAUUACGAAUCAAAGUUUGAAUUCCGAAAUACGAUCAUCAAAUGGGUGCAUCCUCGUCGACGGAAGAAGUUUCACCGGAGCAACGUGAGGCUGAAUCAUUGGCUGCGUCCACCGGUGCUCUUACUGUGCUUGAGAAAGCCUUUUCAGACCUCUCAGAUCCUCAAACUCACGCUGUCUCCAUCACUUCUCUACAGAAAUGCUUUGAACUAUCCAUAGAUUACCAAAGUUGUGAAGCAUCCUUCAAACCAGAAAACUUUCCUGGAUUACUGAAUCAUCUAGGUCAUGCAAUAGUUGAUCAGUUCUUCAUAGCAGAAAAGGGUGGUCUGGAUUGGGUUGCAUUCUUGAAUGGCUACACAAACUGCUGUGGGAGGAUGCCAACUUCAAGUUCAUUAAAUAAUUUAUUGAAGGUGUUUGGAUUGGCAAUGGUGAAGUCAGGAGCCACAACAGGAUUGCAGUUGGAGUCUAGUGAAGCUGAUCAUAAGAUAAAUGGAUAUCUACUGCCAGCUGAUCUAUUGAUUCUUCUUUGGAUGUGUUGGGUUAUGUCUUGGAGCUCUAAAAAUCCAGAGUUAUCCAAAGGGAAAGCAAAAUUUGGUCUUCCAGAUAUAAAUAAUUUAGUGUUAUCUGCUGUUUCUUCUUGUGCUGAUGGUGCUGCUGACUUAAAUAUAUGGGACUGCAAUCUAUUUGACUCUAAUAUACAACUUCCUAUAGGGAAGCUUCAUGUGUGGGCAUUAAGAACUGUGCCUAACCUUCCUGAAUGUCUUGUGCAAUUCAUUCAUUCAAGACUUUCCAACUCUUCACCUCAACAGGACAAAUUGGAGUCAGCAUCCACAUCUAUCAGUGAUAGUCCCUCAACAGCACAAUGCAAUACUUAUCUUCUGACUUCUGGCAGGGCCUGGUCCAUUUCCCUUACCCUGAGAAGUACUGCACGUGAAGAGGUUUUGAAAACAUGCUUUGCACAUCACGAUGAUGAAGCUAAAGAAAACAUACUAUAUAGGUCUUCUCUUCAUGGCAAAGGUUUAAACAGGCUCUGGUCAAACAUUGAAGGGUAUAAUGGUCCAAUACUUGUGCUUAUUUCUGCUACUUCAGAAGAUCGUAGUUGGAUAAUUGGUGCACUUACUCACCAGGCUUAUGAGAACAAGGAUGCAUUCUAUGGAACAUCUGGAAGUCUGUAUGCUAUAAGUCCUGUUUUUGAUCAUUUUACAUCUUCAGGCAAGGAGAAGAACUUUGUCUACAGUCACUUGCAUUCCCCUGGUUAUGAGCGGAAUCCAAAGCCUGUGGGAAUUGCUUUUGGAGGAUCCACCGGAAACGAGAGAGUUUUUAUGGACGAAGAUUUCUCCAAGCUUACUGUCCGCCAUCAUGCAUUUGACAAAACCUACCAACCUGGUGCCCUUUUCCCAAAUCAGGGUUACUUGGCUACAGAAGCUCAAAUAUUUGAAGUGGAAGCAUGGGGAUUAGGAGGGGAAAAGGCAAAGAAAGUUCAAAACUCACUCAAAAAGAGAGAAGAGCUUUUUACUGAACAAAGGAGAAAGAUUGACUUGAAAACUUUCACGAAUUGGGAAGACUCGCCCGAGAAAAUGAUGAUGGAUAUGGUCUCAAAUCCCAAUGCCGCUCAGCGGGAAAGAAGAUGAUCAAAUGCGGUUUGAGUGAGACAACGUAACCUUCUCAUCGAGUCUUUUAUAGUGUACCUUUCAAAUAAUGUCUUUUGCACAUCGACGUAAAGUUCUAAAAAUGGCAUAAAGUGUGGCGUGGCGUUGAGAUCAAUUGAUCACGGGAUAAGCAGCAGCAUCGGAAUACAAUUUGGGCUAUAUCUAUAUGUAUAUAUGUAAUUCUAUGAUGAAAUAAACAUUUUUGUUUGCAUUCCGGUCAAACAUGAA